GCAGAAAACUCGCGGGGCGCUGGCGGGAGGAGGCCGGGAGGAGGCGGCGCUCAGCCAAUCAGGGGCCCGGAGCAGCCCGGCGUCCCCUCCCCCUCCCGGGCCCGAGGCCGGAAAGCGCGCUCCGCAAACCCCUCCCCCCCAGAGCUUCGGUUCCCCCCCUCUGGAAGGGGGCAGGAGGGGGAGUUCGGCCCAGUCCGGGGGGGGGGGGUCGUGCCCCGGGGUCUCCUGCAGGCCGCGCAGGGGCCGCAGAACGGGCCUGGCUCCCGGACCCCCGCGCGGGGAGGGGGAGGGGGCGCGGCGGGACGUUCUCAGAGGUCCGCGCCCACAGAGGCGGGGGUCCGGCUGCAGCUGCUGGGUCGGGCUAGAUCUGCAAGCUGGCUCCCGGCCCCCCCCCCCCCCGCCUGCGCGGACGCCGGGCCGGGGGGGCCGCGGCCAAUGUUUAACCAGGACCAUCGAUUAUUAACGCGAGGAGAAAGCCCGGGCUCGGGCAGAGCGGGCGGGCCUGCUUGCGAGGGACUAUGCUGCUGGCUCCCCGAGUCUGGGGUUCCGUGAGGCUGGGGGCGCGGGGGCUGGCGGGGCGGGCCCCCGCGGAGGGGCGCAAGGUGGACAUCGCGGGCAUCUACCCCCCGGUGACCACCCCCUUCACGGCCACCGCGGAGGUGGACUACGGGAAGCUGGAGCAGAACCUGCGCAAGCUCGGCACCGUGCCCUUCCGAGGCUUUGUGGUGCAGGGGUCCAAUGGCGAGUUCCCCUUCCUGACAAGCAUUGAACGGCUGGAGGUGGUGAGCCGAAUUCGACAGGCGAUGCCCAAGGACAAGCUCUUACUAGCCGGCUCGGGCUGCGAGUCCACUCAAGCCACCGUGGAGAUGACCCUCAGCAUGGCCCAAGUUGGAGCUGAUGCUGCUCUGGUGGUGACCCCGUGCUACUACCGAGGCAGGAUGACCAGUGCAGCCCUGAUCCACCACUACACCAAGGUGGCUGAUCUGUCCCCCAUCCCGAUAGUGCUGUAUAAUGUUCCAGCCAACACAGGACUAGAUCUGCCUGUGGAUGCUGUGGUCACCUUAUCUCAGCACCCAAACAUUGUGGGCAUUAAGGAGAGUGGAGGAGAUGUCACGCGAAUGGGCUUGAUCAUUCACAAAACCAAGAAGCAGGAUUUUCAGGUGUUGGCAGGAUCUGCUGGCUUCCUCUUGGCCAGUUAUGCCAUAGGAGCCGUCGGGGGUAUUUGUGCUUUGGCCAAUGUCUUGGGAGCGCAAGUGUGUCAGCUGGAGCGUCUCUGCCUCACUGGGCAAUGGGAAGAUGCCCAGGUUUUGCAGCAUCGCCUCAUCGAACCCAACACUGCGGUCACCCGACGCUUUGGGAUCCCGGGACUGAAGAAAACCAUGGACUGGUUCGGCUACUAUGGAGGGCCUUGCCGUGCCCCACUGCGUGACCUGAGCCCUGAUGAAGAGGAGAAACUACGCUUGGAUUUUACCUCCAAUGGUUGGCUGUGAUGGCCAGAUGAAAAGCAAGUCCAUCCCUUGCCAGGCUUCUAGUUGCCCUCUACCUCCUAUACCCAUAGCUGUAAGGACUCAGUGGAGUCAGGGGGAGAUGCGGUACUAUUACCCUUGCCCAUUCUUUCCCAUACUCUGGCCCCUAAGGAUGGGACUCAACCUUUUUUAAUCUCAGUUUUCUCAGCUGUAAUAUGGGGACAAAAAUCACCUACCUCACAGGGGUGUUGUGAGGAUCAAAUAGUACAUAAAGCAGCUUCACAAAUUCUAAGACACUGUAUAAA